UCUCCGCCGCGGGCCGGCACCCGCCGGCGCGGGAUCGCGCUGGGCUCCGCCACGCCCGCCACGCCCCGCGCUCGGCGGCGCCCGCCGCGCAGGCCCGGCCCACCUCCCGCCCGUACGUCCGCGGGCGUGCCUCCGGGUCGCACCCGUUCUUGGGCCCGCCCUCAGGGACGUGGAGCGCUGCGUGGCCUCAAGUUUGUCAAAGAUGAAAGUGACCUUAUCAGUUCUAGAUGCUUCUGAGACUUCUUUCACGCCUUUGGUAGUCAUAGAACUUGCUCAGGAUGUCAAAGAAGAAACUAAAGAAUGGCUGAAAAACAGAAUCAUUGCUGAAAAAAAAGAUGGAGGUGCCCAGCUGUUCUUUAGACCAUUGUUAAAUAAAUAUGAGAGAGAAACACUAGAAAAUCAGAACUUGUAUCUUGUUGGUGCCUCCAAGGUCAGACUGUUACUGGGGGCGGAAGCAGUGGGGCUGGUGAAAGAGUGUAGUGACGACACCAUGAGAGCCUUCACAUACGGAGCCCGGCAUGACUUCAAAGGUUUUGAUGAUAACAAUGAUGAUUUCCUCACAAUGGCAGAAUGUCAAUUCAUUAUUAAACAUGAACUUGAAAAUCUUAGAGCCAGAGAUGAAAAAACGAUCCCUGGUCACCACCAGGCAAAGUUAUAUCCAGGGAAGUCACUGUUGAGAAGAUUGCUCACGUCUGGCAUCGUGGUUCAGGUCUUUCCACUGCAUGAUAAUGAAGCCCUGAAGAAGCUGGAGGAUGCCUGGUAUACUCGGUUUCCUUUAAAGUACCAGCCUGUAGACCGUAUUCGUGGCUACUUUGGGGAGACAAUUGCUCUUUACUUUGGAUUUUUGGAAUAUUUCACUUUUGCCUUAAUCCCCAUGGCAGUCAUUGGGUUACCUUACUACGUGUUUGUGUGGGAAGACUAUGACAAGUAUGUGAUCUUCGCCUCAUUCAACCUGAUCUGGUCCACAGUGAUCCUGGAAGUGUGGAAGCGUGGCUGUGCCAGUAUGACCUACAGGUGGGGGACACUGGUCAUGAAGAGGAAGUUUGAGGAGCCCCGGCCCGGAUUUCAUGGGGUCCUGGGCAUCAAUUCCAUCACUGGCAAGGAGGAGCCUAUCUACCCUAGCUACAAGAGACAGUUACGCAUUUACCUGGUCUCUCUGCCAUUUGUGUGCCUCUGUCUCUAUUUCUCUCUGUAUGUCAUGAUGAUUUACUUCGACACGGAGGUCUGGGCCUUGGGUCUGCAUGAGAACAGUGGGUCCGAAUGGACCAGUGUCUUGCUGUAUGUGCCCAGCAUCAUCUAUGCCAUCGUGAUUGAGAUCAUGAACCGCCUCUAUCGAUAUGCUGCUGAGUUUUUAACUUCAUGGGAGAAUCACAGAUUGGAAUCUGCCUACCAGAACCAUCUAAUUCUGAAAGUUUUAGUGUUCAACUUUCUGAAUUGCUUCGCCUCACUCUUCUACAUUGCCUUUGUCCUGAGGGACAUGAAACUUUUGCGUCAGAGCUUGGCCACUCUCCUGAUUACCUCCCAGAUCCUUAACCAAAUUAUGGAAUCUCUUCUUCCUUAUUGGCUCCAAAGGAAGCACCAUGUGCAGGUGAAGAAAAAGGUGCAGGCUUUAAAAGCAGACAUCGAUGCUACUUUAUAUGAGCAAGUUGUCCUAGAAAAAGAAAUGGGAACCUAUUUGGGCACCUUUGAUGACUACUUGGAGUUAUUCCUGCAGUUUGGUUAUGUGAGCCUUUUCUCCUGUGUUUACCCAUUAGCAGCUGCCUUUGCUGUGUUAAAUAAUUUCACUGAAGUUAAUUCAGAUGCCUUAAAAAUGUGCAGAGUCUUCAAACGUCCAUUCUCAGAACCUUCAGCCAAUAUUGGUGUUUGGCAGUUGGCUUUUGAAACAAUGAGUGUUAUAUCUGUGGUCACUAACUGUGCUCUGAUUGGAAUGUCACCACAAGUGAAUGCACUCUUUCCAGAGUCAAAAUUGGACCUCGUUUUGAUUGUAGUAGCAGUGGAGCAUGCACUCCUGGCUUUAAAGUUUAUACUUGCCUUUGCCAUACCUGAUAAACCACGACAUAUCCAGAUGAAACUAGCCAGAUUGGAAUUUGAGUCUUUGGAGGCACUCAAGCAGCAGCAAAUGAAGCUCUUGGCCGAGAAUUUGCAGGAGGAGCCGAGGGACAGCAGGAAAGAGAAGGCAGCCUGAGCUCUCGGAGCGACGGGUACCUGGCACAGGGCCUUGGCUCCUGAAUGCAGCCCCAGGGCCCGGACAUGUGAAGCAGCUCCCACAUGGCAGGUGCCCCGUCCCCAGCCAGGGGCUGCGCGGUGGGCAGCUGGCCCGGUUCCUCCGUGUUUCUGCCCGAGCCCCCCACUCCCCCGCCACUCCAGCUGCCGGCCUUGCUCCAGAGCCAGCGCUGCCCCUUGAGCCUCCCCAUGUGACAGCCACACCACAGGGUAGGGAACGGGUCAGGGCGUGUACCCACCAUGCCCUCACGGGGCUGCUCUGAAGGCCUUGGCUAAGAAUGAGGGUUGUACAGUGAGGCGGAGUUUCCAGCACCUGGACAACUCUACCCCGCUACUGGUUCUGUUCUGCAAUAUAUUAACAGACCUUUCAUCAGCAAAAGCAGUAGCAACCAAGCUAUUAAAGGCAACACGCUUCUCUCCAA